AUGAAUGGCUCCAAUGAGCUGAAGCUGCACUAUUCGCCUGUGGUCACAGCUUCCUGCCGCAAGUCAUCAUCUUCGGUAAAGCGGCUGCUCGCUGCGCUAAAGCUGCCUCAGCUGUGUGAAAACCAGAACCACAAACAUGCUACAUUAUACAAGUACAACUGUAGAACCCUAGAACCCAUCCCUCCCACCCUAGAGCCCAUCCCUCCCACCCUAAUCCCUCCCACCCUAAUCCCUCCCACCCUAGAGCCCAUCCCUCCCACCCUAAUCCCUCCCACCCUAAUCCCUCCCACCCUAGAGCCCAUCCCUCCCACCCUAAUCCCUCCCACCCUAGAACCCAUCCCUCCCACCGUAAUCCCUCCCACCCUAGAACCCAUCCCUCCCACCGUAAUCCCUCCCACCCUAGAACCCAUCCCUCCCACCCUAAUCCCUCCCACCCUAGAACCCAUCCCUCCCACCCUAAUCCCUCCCACCCUAAUCCCUCCCACCCUAAUCCCUCCCACCCUAAUCCCUCCCACCCUAGAACCCAUCCCUCCCACCCUAAUCCCUCCCACCCUAGAGCCCAUCCCUCCCACCCUAAUCCCUCCCACCCUAGAGCCCAUCCCUCCCACCCUAAUCCCUCCCACCCUAGAGCCCAUCCCUCCCACCCUAAUCCCUCCCACCCUAAUCCCUCCCACCCUAAUCCCUCCCACCCUAGAGCCCAUCCCUCCCACCCUAAUCCCUCCCACCCUAAUCCCUCCCACCCUAGAGCCCAUCCCUCCCACCCUAAUCCCUCCCACCCUAAUCCCUCCCACCCUAGAGCCCAUCCCUCCCACCCUAAUCCCUCCCACCCUAGAGCCCAUCCCUCCCACCCUAAUCCCUCCCACCCUAGAGCCCAUCCCUCCCACCCUAAUCCCUCCCACCCUAGAGCCCAUCCCUCCCACCCUAAUCCCUCCCACCCUAAUCCCUCCCACCCUAAAGCCCCCCACCCUAGAGCCCAUCCCUCCCACCCUAAUCCCUCCCACCCUAGAGCCCAUCCCUCCCACCCUAAUCCCUCCCACCCUAAUCCCUCCCACCCUAAAGCCCCCCACCCUAAAGCCCAUCCCUCCCACCCUAAUCCCUCCCACCCUAAUCCCUCCCACCCUAGAGCCCAUCCCUCCCACCCUAAUCCCUCCCACCCUAGAGCCCAUCCCUCCCACCCUAAUCCCUCCCACCCUAGAGCCCAUCCCUCCCACCCUAAUCCCUCCCACCCUAAUCCCUCCCACCCUAAAGCCCCCCACCCUAAAGCCCAUCCCUCCCACCCUAAUCCCUCCCACCCUAGAGCCCAUCCCUCCCACCCUAAUCCCUCCCACCCUAGAGCCCAUCCCUCCCACCCUAAUCCCUCCCACCCUAAUCCCUCCCACCCUAGAGCCCAUCCCUCCCACCCUAAUCCCUCCCACCCUAAUCCCUCCCACCCUAGAGCCCAUCCCUCCCACCCUAAUCCCUCCCACCCUAGAGCCCAUCCCUCCCACCCUAAUCCCUCCCACCCUAAUCCCUCCCACCCUAGAGCCCAUCCCUCCCACCCUAAUCCCUCCCACCCUAGAGCCCAUCCCUCCCACCCUAAUCCCUCCCACCCUAGAGCCCAGCCCUCCCACCCUAAUCCCUCCCACCCUAAUCCCUCCCACCCUAGAGCCCAGCCCUCCCACCCUAAUCCCUCCCACCCUAAUCCCUCCCACCCUAGAGCCCAGCCCUCCCACCCUAAUCCCUCCCACCCUAGAGCCCAGCCCUCCCACCCUAAUCCCUCCCACCCUAAUCCCUCCCACCCUAGAACCCAUGCCUCCCACUAAAGCUUUUCCUGUGGAUCUGGCAGAAGUAAAUAAGAUAUCUAACAGGCCCGGUGGAGGUCCACCUCCAGGAUGCCCUGACUGA